AGCUGCAGCUACCACCCACCACUGAGCCGAACAUCGGGGUGAUGAGUCAGAAAAGUGGCGGAGAGGCCGGUCCUCCUCCCUCGGCGGCGUUUGCUUCAGUACCCAGGUUUAGGGUGAGUUUGAAUAAACCAGGAGUCUGUUGCCUUUGGACAUCAGUACCUAACUGCAGCCAAUGCAUCCCUGUGACGAGGCAGGACUUGCUUGCUGUAGCUGGAGGAAGGUGAAGUAUUUCUAAGCUUAAAUGAAUCUUAAUUCGGGACUGUAGGUUUCACUGCAAAUUGGCCUUACAUCUUCUGGCUGUUUUCUCUUCUUUUUUAAUUCAAUAUCCUAUUUUAAUAUAUAUACAUAUAUAUUCAAAAUGACUCAGAUCCUUGAAUCAAGGGCUUGUUUUAUUCAGUGAGCCUUGUGGUGUGACAGCUGCUGUAUAAAGUGGCUGUAAAUGUUGUCUGCUCACUGAAGAGGGCAGUUUGUAAAGCAAACUCGCAUCAGCACCCAGAUUAGGUGUUGGGAAGGGGACUGGAGGCGAGAGUGGGCAAGUGAAGGGGCAUCUUCCCCUCCUAUCCCCCGUUUAUUUUCUUUUUGUUGUUGUUACUCUCUCUGGAGUCACACCUAUGAAUUUAGCCUGUCGCUCAGGCUAUUUACUCACACACUUGUUGUUGUUGUUGUUAUUCCAGUCUUACGCUCGCCCACUUCUUUUUUUCCCUUUGUGCCCCUUCCCAUAAUGCCCUACACAGCCUACUGGUGUGUAAGGGGGAGCCCAUACAUGAAGCUGCUGCCUCAGUCACUGCCUCAGCGCUAUGCUAUGCUACCUAUGCUAAGCAUCAAAAAGACACAAAAGAAAAGAGAGAGUGUGAGAGAGAGACCAUGCACUUGACAUGUCGACCACCUCUACUUCUUGCCUGCUACUGAAAACUGCUAUUCAUAGCUUUGCCUGCCAUGACACAGUCACUGCUAGAGUCCCUGUGUUGAACUGUAGCUUGACCCGGCUUCCCCCUUUCGAGCUCUCUUGACCUCACCCCCUUGCUACUAACACUCAGCCUUCAGAGCUUGCACUCCCCUCUUCUCUUCCCUGCCUGUCUUUGGGAAAUGGCUAAAGUCAAUAGUGCUACAGGGAAGGCUUUGGGGGUGACUUCAUGUAAAAUGUUUUAAAUGGCUCCUAAUUUAUACCCCAAUAUGUUUUUUCAAAGAAGCUCCCUUUUUUGUUAAACUGUUGUUUUUUAUGCCAUUGUCUGUUAUUUGUUUCCCUUGUUUGAAUGUCUGUCUAAGUUGAGCCUGAAUCAUUGAUGUAUGACGUCAACUUUCUUCCUUGCCUUUCAGUUCAUCCAGAGAGUUUUGAAAAAUAGAAGGGGGUGGGUGUGGUGGGGGGGGGGUUGAGAUAAUAAGGGUUAAUUAAACCGAGGUGUUGCAUUUAUAAUGAAUGAUUAUGACUCCUGUUCAGAAACCUGACCAUGUUUUCAUUUGGCGACAUAUCAGAGAGUUCAGAGAAAGCUAACUGCAUGCGUGGCACACAUGGCUGUCUUUUAAACCAGUGCUUGCAGAAAACCUUAUUACACACUAGGCUUCAAGUAGCCUUGCAUUCAAAGAGUGGUGUCCAAGCACUUACCAGGAUAUGUGCUUGUUUUUAUUUGUGACUGCAAGGCUGUGUGAAUACACAUAAUGUUGUACUUUUUUGUUUGGGAUCUAUGGAUGUUUUUUUCCAUUAAUAAACCUAACUUGCAUUUUAGCUGGGCUCCGCAGACAUCCGAAUGGGUUUUGUGAGAAUGUGUCAGUAAUGAAGACACUUAGUCCCAGGGGCACUUAACCCAUCAAAUCUCAACCAGGGUGCCACCUAGGUCGGUCUGUCUGUCUUUUAGACUUUUUUUACUAUUGUUUUGUUUUGUUUUUCAUGUAUUUCAGAUUGUGUCUGAAUGCACUUUUAGUGUACCUCUUUUACUUUUUUUGUAGUGACAAAUUCUGUUCGUCACAGUGUGGUUGUCGAGGGCAAGAGUGCAGCAUUUUGGCUGCUACCAUGGUCACAUAGGUGGAGGCAAGGGCUUGUCGGUUGUAUGAGUCAUGGGAAAUUUUUAUUCUGACUCCUCUUCCAAAGGAGAAUAUUAAAUAGCGUGAUUCUGAUGUCUGUAGAGGCCGAUUGAUUUUUCCUUGGUCUUGACUCUGUGAGAUCUGUUUGGUGUUUUUGUCUCCUUGAUACAGUCAAAGAUCAUAUGACCAACCAUCCCAUUGCUUCCAUCUGCUGGGACCUUCUAAGUACCUCAGACAUUUGAAUGUCUUCAGUACCUUGGAGAAACUGGGCUGUUCUUUUGCAGCUACUUUCAGUAUGAUAAGAUAACGCUUUAAAUACAUUUUUACAAAGCAAACUUCAAAUACGCACAAUGUACUAAAAUACUAUGCUUGAUCAACAGGUAGUAAGUAUUUACUGGUAGUACAUUUAAUUUAGUAAUUUGUUAGAAUUCUUCCAUGACAGCAAAUGCUGUUAGAACUAGAUCAACAAAAUAAUCAGUCUUUUGUUAACUGCAUCUAGUUUGAAUAUUGAAUACCAAUGCAUUUCAUUAUUUGCUGUCUUAAUACAAAAACAUUGCUCAUGUUUCUGAUUUAAGAAAGCUCUCAAAUUUCGGCAAUGUAAGUCAAUAUAAAUAGUCCCUCUGUUAGAGGCGCCACACCUCCCUGUGCCCAGUUAGCAUGGAGGAAUCAGUUAAGCAAGAGAUCGGUCAACAUUAACGACCAAAGUGCCACAUUUCUCAGGGUUAUCAGAUAAACAACACAGAGUCUAUUUCAAAAUACUAUAUAUAAUUUCUUAACAUGUUAGUUGUCACCUACAGUAUAUGUCAGAGGUAGACCUACUGAUGAGUGAGCAUGAUGAUCAAUUGAAUUGAGGCUUCAGUUUCUGUUGGGGCAGCCUAUUGGGGAGGCAAAGGUGACGUCCCUUUUUAUUAAAGCAUGUCGGCAGGCUGAACCAAAGGCUUCAGAUGACAUAACAUGCCCGAUCUUUAGUGUUGUAUAUCAAAACAAAAAUUAAAACUCUGGUAUGAAGUGUGUUCCACUAGGCAUAAUACUGUUAUGAUCCAUACCUUUUUUAUAUAUCCCGAAGUUGAUCUUGUAUUUCGUAGUUGAAGAUGCCUAUAUGACACAAUUGCUUUCUUUUCAGAAUGACUUUUGCUAAAAAUUAAGAAUGUUAAAUAAAGAAUAGGAGGGUAACUCAUGUAGAAUGCAUGAUAUUACACGGGAGGAGUUGUUAUAAUCAUCUUAAAGUAGCUGCAAAUCCAUCACUGUGGUUCCAAUCAUUUGGUCUUAAUGGUGUUUUAUGCUGCACUUUUUUGCAUGGUUUAACAUUGUCUGGCAUUUUACUCCUUAACAUAAAGAAAAUACAUUCUUAUGAAGUACUUUUGAUAAAUUCAUUCAUUUAACUAAUGCUUGAUUUUCCUCAGUCUAGAGUUAUACCUGUUGCUUUAAAAUCUUUUGAUUUAUUUAAUAUUGGUUAAUGGUCUCUCUGCAAUGUGUGAAAAUGGAACUUACUUGUGUCGGUUAUACUAAGGGUGAAAGGGGAACAAGCUAAUUUAUUGUCCACUUUUGAUAACUCCAGUGUCAUGAAAUUUGCCUUGUUUUAAAGAGUAGUGUCCAACGUCAGUGGGUAUGUGGGUUUCCGCAAUCCACUUAUGGACCGUUUGGCUUAUAUGCUCUUGUAGUUGAGGUUUAGUUGAGAGACAUUUAGUUGAUAAUUCACUGCCCUCAAUGAAUUCACUGUGCCUUUAAGACGCAUGUGUGUGCUAGAGUGUAUGUUUGUACGAGUUUCUCAUAGUCAUGUUGGAAUGUUUGAGCGAUCCUUAUGUUAGUCAGUUUCUAUGUGAACAUUUUAUAUUAACAUAUUCUUCUGUUGUCUAUGUAUUUGCUUUGUGUGGAUCAUGUCGCUCGACUCUGGAAUUAUUGUAAUUGGCCAAAUUUGGAUUGCUUGCUUGUGAGGGAGCCUUUUCUGCUUUCUGUUUUAUUUGUUUUAAAGCAUCUUAAAGGUACAGGGUCUCUAUAGUUGAUGGGUUUCCAAAUGUCCUCCUAGACGUGAAGAGAUGUGGAUACCAGCAAAGAGCUGCACUGUUUGAAAGCAUUCUUUUGCAUCAGACAUUCUGAAUUUCGGUGGUCAAAUGUGUGGUGUUGCUUUCUUUUGUACGUUGCAUCUUGUUUUUACCACUGUCUUGUGUCUGAUGUCUGCUGAAUAUUUCAAGUUACAGUCGUGACCAAAAAUAUUGUCACCCGGAAACAUUUUUACAUUUUUAAAAAAAAUAAUAUUUGGCACAGUGUUCAAUGUUAAGAGGACUAAUUAAGCAGGUUCUAUAGUGAUUUUUCACUCUUCUUGGAUCUCUGCAUAAGCGGUUAUCCCAAUGAUUUUGGCAAAUGACUUAAAUGCUGCCUUCACAGAUACCGGCUCAAAGACCAUGAGGCGUUUAAAAUUUCCCUAUGUCAGGAAGUUUGCUUUUUGAGGACAUUAUUUCAUGUGAACACGUUUUGUGUGAACUUUGGCAUGACCUGCCUCACCAGAGAGCUGUCCUUUGGUCUCAGUUCACAUGACAUUUUCCCAGAAUAUUUUUUACAUGUUCUGGUGUGGUUGGGCAAAUUAAAGACUGGCCUUCUACUGUCUGCUGGGAGCUCUCUGGCGUUUCUAGCCUUAUAACCAGUGACUAGUUGUGUGAUGGUCAGAUCUGUUUGUCAUUUGACUCAAUAGCCUUCAUCCAUUCUUUGAAGAAAAUGUUUUGUUUUCCAGCCACAGUGGCUGGUAUGCUGUGUGGUAAAAUUAUUUUACCAGCAACUCAAGCUUUGUACCAAUCAUUUCUAUAAUCUUUUUAAAUAAAAAUAUGGAAAUGUAUAACCUGACACAAACCUGAUUCACUCCAUAACAUCUGUUAUUGGCACAAAAAGAAUGGAACAAUUGAGACAAUGUUAUUCCAAUUUUAUUUGGAAGACAUCAAAUGAGUAGAUGUCCAACUGUCAAAUAUUCUAACAAGGCCAGCCUUAUUGCCACGAUUCAGGUAGAUACCUAAAUUGCAUCGCAGACUUCCAGGUAGAUGCCACAAGACCUCACUCACUCCUUCAUACUCUCCCCGACAUCAGUUAUUUCACUCGCUCUUAAAAUUUGUGGUCCAGGAACAUUUCUCUGAUCUCUGCUGUCUUUCUACCAGUAAGUCCACACAAGCUGCAGCAUUACAUUCUGGUGGAUUAUUCAGAUGGGCUAAUGUUGCUUUGGUGAUUUGUUUACCGCAACUGAAAAGUUUAACAAACUAAAAACAAAGUCGGUUCUAGCUGCCACUAACCCUAGCCAUCAGGAAUGCCUUGAUUUGCUUGUGUAUUAUUUAAAAGACACUGCAGUAUUACAGUGAUUCAAUAGUGACCUAUUGUUGCAUCAAGACAUUAGUCCCACAUAUUUGACCAUUUGGAAGUGUAAAUCAAAACUGGUAUUUCAGAGGGCACCAUAAACAAGAAGAUUUGAAUUUAUACCUGGGUGAUUCCUAAACCUGAAUAGCUGUUUUCUUAGUGAAUUCCAAACACCUAACUCCUAACCUCCAGCAAGCAGUCUGUAAGACUCAAAAUCACAAUCCAGACAGGUCAUCUCACAGAAAUUAGUAGUGUACAUAUCAAAAUCACAAAUGCCUGGCCCUUAUGUAGGCCUGCAGACAAUCCUUUUACUGCUCUUUCCUUUUACUGUUAAAAGGCAGUUAAGCAUUACUUGAUGUGAUGUGAGUAGCGACAGUUUGGCUGGAAAUAUGUUUAGGUGGUUGUAUUAUAAACCCUGCUGUCUGAUGUCGAAAUGUCCUGUCAUACCUUUGCCCAAACAUUCAUUCAAAUGUUGGUGGACUCAGAUAAGUAUGUUUGUGCUCUUUUGAGCUACACUUUUCCUGUACUCAAUAAAACUGCAGUGGAAAUGUGGCCCAUAUGUACUGCCGUAUGAGGAUGAACAUUUUGUUUCCCUGGCAAUACACUCUUUUUAUGUACUUUGCCUGCUAAGGUGAAAAAAGUGUAUGCAAUAUCCAUCCCAUAACUUGCAGACAUGCAACUGUGUUCAUGUAGCUGAGCUGUGUGAUUAUAUUGGUUCAAUACAACCAACCUUAAUUUGUUUCUACUGCACAGAAGUGAAUGUGAGGUUUGAUAUGUGAUAUCUGAAUGUGAUACUUCUGAUAACUUCUUACUAAUUUGUCCUUUCUGAUCACUCUCAUCAUAUCAAAAACCAUAAUCUAAAUCAUCAUUCUUUGCCAAAAAAGUAACUAAUUACAAUCAAAAUGUAGUCUGUAUUUGUCUUUCAUGUAUGAUCCCAUUUUUGUCCUACCUGCAUGAUUACUCAGUGUUCCUGACAUUUCAAAUUCCUUGAUGAUGGGAAUGCUUUCAAAAUGUAGCCUUUGCUUGAGUAUUCACAUCAUACUGCAGAAACAGUUUUGGGGCACAAAAAAGCAGAUGGUUGAGCAGGUCUCUUGAAAAAAGUUCCAUUUUCACAAAAAAAAAAUCAUCUGAAUACUUUAUUUCAACAUAUUUUUUAUGGUGGUCAGCUUUUAUUGCUCAUUCGUUGUCUCGUUUUUAUUCCAGGAAGUUCCCUCUGAAGCAGGGAGUGUCUGCAUAUAAAAUGGUCUGCAGGUCUCUGCUUCAUAGGUCAGAAGCUGGUUUAUUCUGUUCUAAGUGGCUACGCUCAGUCCCAACCACCAAAUUGUUUGAACCACUAUAAGAAAAAGAACCAAUUGGCAUGCAUCAUCUUACACAUGACAGGGAUGAAGAUUCGUAGUGUACCAUUUUACUUAAAGUGAAAUAGCUGGACAUUUUUAGUGUAAAUAUACAUAUAAUGAUUUUACACACUGCCUAAAAGUUUACCGUAUCAAUUAUAAAACAUUUAAAACACAAAUGAAAAACAUAUACAAUGGCUAACAAAUAUUAGUUUUGCUUAUUUUAACAAAUAUGCAUUCCCAAAUUAAUGCUUGCUCCUCCUCGUAAUUUUUCUUUAUGCCUUCUUUUUAGCAUUUUAACAUUUUAUGAAUGAAACAACCUUUAUCACUUUUUUUUCCAAGUUGCACACAUUACACUCAGCCACACACUCACACCAUGAUGCAUUAAAACAAAAAACAAAUAUCAAAUUAUAAUUGGGAUGAAAUUUUUGUUUAAAAAAAAGCAGUCGUUGCUCACAUUUCGCUGCUUGAAUGGGACUGCUAGCCAGCAUAUGUGUAGAGGCCUUUAUUCACUGUCUAAUUGUGCACACUGCAGAUGCUUCAUCCACCUCCUCUCCUCUGACCAUGGGAAGUCCCUGCAGUGCUUUUCCCACCUCUUCCAGCUCUAAGACGCACUCCUCUACCUCAGCCACUGUGCGGCCACCCGCAUCCAGCACCUGCACUCCAGGAGAAGUAAGUAGUCGGGGGUUGUCUGAGCUGUUGGAUGCAGAGGGCAAACUGUGUGGAAGCAGCAGCACCACCAGGUCCAUGGGAAAGAAAGGAGGAGGAGGAGGAGGAGGAUGUGGUGGUGGAGGAGGAGGAGGAAUGGCUGCCCAGCAGACCCAGCCGCAUCACCAGAUGACUCCAUCCAAGCGCUCUGUGUUGAACAUCUCGCCCCCGCCAGAGGACCUCUUUGAUGACAGCCGCAUGUCCUGUCAAGACGAGCUGUCGCUGGACUCGGAGCAGAGCAACAGCAUCUGGACAGAUAACUCUGUGUCUAACUUCAGCAUCAUCAGCUCCAGCUCCUACAACGACAACACAGAGGUGCCGCGCAAGGCCCGCAAGCGCACACCACGCCAGAGGCCCGGACCAAAGCCCAUCUCGCAGCAGGAGACCAGCAUGGACAUGUUUGAUGCCGACAGUGCCAAAGCACCACACUUUGUACUCUCCCAGCUGGGCCCGGACAGCAAGGCCGGCACCAAAGGAAGUUCCACAGACGGACCACAGGGGCCUGGUCCAAAAGGAGGCAUUCUCUGUGGGCAGUUCCCUCAGAAGAGCGAGGGCAAGGAGCUGAAGAUCCUUGUGCAGCCGGAGACGCAGCACAGAGCCCGCUACCUUACUGAAGGCAGCCGAGGGUCCGUCAAAGACCGCACCCAACAGGGUUUCCCCACUGUCAAGCUGGAAGGUCUGAAUGAUCUAGUGGUUCUGCAGGUGUUUGUGGGUAAUGAUGUGGGAAGAGUCAAGCCCCACGGGUUUUACCAGGCUUGUCGGGUAACUGGCCGUAACACCACAGCUUGCAGGGAAGUAGACAUUGAUGGCACCACCGUCAUUGAAGUAUCCCUUGAGCCAAGCAACAACAUGACUUUGGCGGUGGACUGUGUCGGGAUCCUGAAACUGCGCAAUGCAGACGUGGAGGCUCGCAUCGGGGUGGCCGGCUCCAAGAAGAAGAGCACCCGGGCCAGGCUGGUGUUUCGGGUGAACAUCCCACGGGCGGACGGCUCGGUGCUCACGUUACAGACACCCUCCUCGCCCAUCCUGUGCACCCAGCCUGCUGGUUUGCCGGAGAUUUUGAAGAAGAGUCUCCACAGCUGCUCUGUAAAUGGUGGAGAGGAAGUCUUCAUCAUCGGGAAGAACUUUCUCAAGGGCACCAAAGUCAUGUUUCAGGAGAACAUAGGAGAUGAGAAGUCAUGGAAAACAGAGGCGGAAAUCGACAUGGAACUAUUUCAUCAGAACCAUGUAAUAGCAAAGGUCCCCCCUUAUCAAAACCCCAGUAUAUCCUCUCCUGUAUCUGUUGGGAUCUUUGUGGUGACCAGCGCAGGCCGCUCUCAUGAUGUACACGCCUUUACUUACACUCCAGAACCCGUUAACAUUGAGGUACCAGUGAAGAAAGAAGUGUCCUCUCCAGUGAAGCCCUGCUCCUAUGAGCAGAUGAAAGCUAUGGAUAGUGCCUUAAUAUCCCCGGUUAUACCUCUUGUUAAAAGAGAAGAUGUUACUCCAAUGGAGGUGUCCAGUAACCCUUUGUCUUCAAGUGUCUUCAAGCAGACCCAAGAUGUGAUGAACUCAACUCAACAGACCUCCAGUAUCCCCACAAACAGUGGCUCCUUCUCCAACACCCUGCCUUGCCAGCCGGGUGAACAGGACCAGAGCCAAAGUACCGCUUUUGCCAGCAAAGAGGCCUUGACCACCAUACAGAAACAGGACAUUGCACCUGCUAGUUCUUUCCCAGUGUCUGGGAAGUCUAUGCUCCCACAGGGACCUUUUAUGAUGCAGGGUAUGGAGCAGGAGAGGUCUAACAGUAAUGUGAGCACAGUGGUGUCUCUCUCCCAGCUGGGCGAUUCUUCCCAGCAGCAAACCCAGCAGCUUCCGCUCCUACCUCUGGAUGAGGUGGCACAACUGGAGCAAGCUGUCCGUCAGCUGCAAGCCAAGGGUUACUGCAGCCUUCCGCUGCAGUCAGAGAAUCCACUGGCUAAACAGCAGCAGCAGAAACAGCUGCAGCAGCAACAACUGCAACAGCAGCAGCAACAAAUUCAGCAGCAACAGCAGAUUCAGCAGCAACAAAUCCAGCAGCAACAGCAGCAGAUUCAGCAACAGCAGCAGAUUCAGCAACAGCAGCAGAUUCAGCAGCAGCAACAGCUUCAACAACAGCAACAACAACAACAGCAACAGCAACAACAACAACUUCAACAACAGCAACAGCAGCAGCUUCAACAGCAGCAGAUUCAGCAACAACAACUUCAACAGCAACAGCUUCAGCAGCAGCAGCAGCAGCAGCAACAACAGCAGCAGCAGCAGCAAGCCCUCGAGAACCUUCAACAUCAGAUGUUUCCACCGCAGAUACCAAUGUCCCAAAAUCCUUCACAGACCAUGGUACAGAACAGUGGCUCCCUCUUCCAGUCAUCCCAACAACAGCAGCAACAACAACAGCAACAACAACAGCAACAACAGCAACAGGCAGCUCUCUUCCAGCAAGCCAAAGACCUCCUCUCGAUCCAGACCAGUUUCCUCCAGCAGACUCCUUCCCACGCCUCACCACCUCUGUUCCACAACCCCAGUCCCAUGUCUGACAGCCAGGACCCACAGGGAGGACUUUUUCACACCCCAAAGACAUCUCCUACUCAGGAGCAGGUCCAAGCAGCCCUUUUCCAGAACAGUCUGUCAGCUCUGAACGGCUCCACUCUCCCAGCAGAACCCCAGGCCUCUGCUACGAGCAUGUUCCUCUCCCAGAAUCCUCUGUCCGGUCCGCUGCCGGUAAAUGGAGGCCAUCAACAGCAGCUCAAUUUCCUGAACUCUCUGCAGACACAGAGUCUGGAGACUCCGUCUGUGUUCCAGAAUCAGGCCCAAAUGUCUGCCAUGCAGCAAAGCACCCCUAUGGACCAGCAGCAAUGCCCACAGCCUCCGCAGCCUACCCCUCAACAGGGAAACCUCUUUCAGAACCUCACACACUCACCCUCCAACAAACUUCCACAGACUCAGCCACAGCAAACUGGCCUGCUGUUCUGCAGCAACCCUCUGCCUUCUGUCAAUCCUGAGCAGGCCUCGAGCCUGCUUUUUGGGAACCAGGCCCAGAUGUCCCCUCUGAACACCAAUACCAUGCCAUCCCCAGAGCAGCCCAACCCCAGCCUUCCCUUCUCUCAAGCCAGCAUGGUGACUGUGAACAGGCCAAACUCGUCGGAGCCCAUGUCAUUCCAAAACCAAACGUCUGUGGAAGCGAACAAGCCGCUCCAGCCCAGCAUGUUCCAAGACCAGCAACCCAUGCAGUUGACCCCCAGCUCUAAUGGAGGGUCUGCGCAGUCUGUUACACUCUUCAUGACCCAGUCUAAUGUGUCCCAAGAGCUACCCCAGGCUUCACUGUUUGCCUCUCAGAAUGGAGUAGCAGGGCUCCAGACCACCACCUCUUCGCCCGUGCAGCAGCCAGGAGCGCUGUUCCAGUCGGCAGUGAAUGGGACCCUCAACCGGCCUGGACAGACCCAGCAGCCUGGACUCUUCCUGUUUGACCUGCAGAAUGAUUGUGGUGGAUUGAUGAAUUCUGCUGGAACCACGUUGUCGGAUCAGAUCAUCGCCAUCAGCCAGUCGGGUCAGAACCAGAGAGAGGCUGAGGGCCAGAUCCAACCAAUGCUCACCCAAUCUAUUUCUGAAUCUGGCACAAUGCAAAACAGCAUGACUGCCAAUCAGAACAUAGAGAAAAUCGAUGACCUUCUUGUAAGCCUUCAUGAGCAAGGCAACAACUUGUCUCGCUCCUAUUAGAGGUUCCUCAACUUUGACAGGACUUCCUGCUCUUGUUUGACUGAUGGUCAGAUGGCCAGACCAAAACCAAGAGGCCAAUAGGUGUUACACUGAUUUCCACUGUUUGAAAUUUAAACAAGGCAAUAUCAAUGAUGUACUGGAUGAGGAUGAGGAUGAGGAUGCCAGAUGGAGUUUACACAGUACAUCUGUGUAGGAUAAUCAGGCAUGGCAUUCUGGGAAGAUCUGUAUUUCCGGUUUUCUCUUUGGGGAUGGCUACAUGUUAUUUUUUUUUUUGUCGUCUCUCUCCAACUGUGAAUGACAAGAAUCAUAGGAUAAAACGUUUGGUGUUGUCCCGUUCAUUAGUCUGAAUUGCAGUUUUUGUUUGGCUUUGUUUUGUUUGUUUGUUUGUUUGUUUGUAAUUACACCUUGACACAAGUUUGCAUGCAUGUGUCCUGUAGUAUUCAGGACAUGAUGUGUCCUUUUAACGGUUUAUAACAUGUUGCAUUUUUAUAUUAUAAUGAACUAUUUUAGAUUAAUCAAAUAUCAUAUUCAAAACCAUAGAAAUCUGGCCUGUGUUUUCCCUUUCCCUAAGCACUUUAUAAUGUUCUCCAUUGUGACUAGUUUCUCCUUAUGGUGGACUCGACGUUUUAAGGCUAUUAGCAUUUCACCUGGACUAGUGUUUACUGUUUGUAUAUUUCCUUUAAAUUCUCUUCUUGCAUAUUUCAGGAGGAUUUAGUUUUGUAUUAAGUACUGAAUAUUCAUCCUAGCAAUCUCAAAACAUGCAGUAUGAAUUGCUCACUUAAUACAUUCAAUACAUCAUAUACUGAAUCAAGAGAGGAAUCUACCUUUACUGUAGGUCAUUAAAUAUUCAUUCACUCACAAUUUUAUAAUGUGAAAGUUAAUGACUAUUCCACAAGCAUCUGAUUGCAUACAUAUUUAUCAUAUGAACGUUGUAUGCCUGACAGUAUACUGUAUACAUGCUCCCAUGGAAAAUAUUUCGGUUGUAAGUAUUUUUUUCAUGCCUUUCAUCCAUGUUUGGAAUAGAAUCAUUUGCUUGAUUGCUUCAGACCCUUUAUCUGCUAAGGAGAAUUCUGCAUAUGCUGCCAUAUUACAAAGGAUGGCAGCCAAUUUAUAAUUUACCUUUUUUAUCAUGCCAAGGUGCUACUUGCUGGAAGAGCAUAGCUUUUUUGCCAUGCUAUUCAAUACUUUCAAUCAUUUUGUAAAUAGUAUCAUUUACCGUACUGUAAAAUAUAGUACCAACAUUCUCAUGUAAAACCAGCCAACUGAGAAUUAGCCACGCGGUCUCGCCUCAUAUCCGGCUUUCUGGCCAGUUUUAUGGCUUGACUGGGUUUGGUAGUUCAUGCGUUUUCUGCAACGUUAAGAAACUGGCCAUUAUUUGUUGUGCCUAAACCAUGUAGUGGGUGUGUUCAUCAUCUCUCUAAAUCUCAAUGUCUGGCAUGUUGUAAAGUUGUCAAACUGGUUUGUGUGGUUUGUUUUCAUGCGUUUUAGUUGUUUGGGAUGGAGGACUUAUUGAUGUUGUUUUUUUGUUUAUAUAGAUAGUAUUCACAUUACCAGGGGCUGGUCUCGCUGAUGACUAAUAGCUUGAUUUUAGCCUCACUCUUGAUGUUGAUUGUUUAUCUGGGGUGAAUAUUCUUUUUCCACUGUCUUCAUUAUCUUCUGAUUAAUUUGACUGUCGGUCAGGUUGUUAAAAGGAGAGUGUGAAAUCUCUGGGUAAAUGAUGUCUGAUGUUCGAUUAAAGAGCUUGAGUGGUGUCCUUUUAGAUGUUUAAAGGGACCUGCUGACGAGGGAUGAGUCACACCGCCUCUAAAUAAAUGCUUAGCUUGGCUUUCAUCUCUUUAAAAUACUGUUGGAUGUGUUUCUGUACUGUCAUGAAUAUUUAUGUGGGAAAUGCACACUUCUAUUAUGUUUUCAUAUUAUCUCUUUUCAUGUAAUCGUAUCUAAUUUAUUGUCUGGAGUGUGUAGUGAUUGCUUCCUCUCCCUAGGUUUUUAGCACUGUAAGCAAUGUACACAGCCUAUGUUAUAGAAUGUCAAUACACCCUUUCUAUUUUUUCAUCUUAUAUUGAAAAUUGGUAAUAUAUUUCUCUAUUGGCCCUUGUUAUAUGCUUAUCCCAAGGGUAUCCCAUGAUUGAGGGGACAUAUUUUCAGAUUGAGGGUGUUCAAAUGUACCCUGCUCACAGCGAUACAGUUGUACAUUCCUGUAUAUUCACUUCAUUUCUAUGUAUCAAAUGCCAUGUUUAAAUAAAUUGCAUUGUAUUUUUUUAUCCAGAGCAUAUUUGUGAAAUAGAAUUGUAAAAAUUGAUCGAUAGUUGUCAUAAGUGAAAACACAAUGAAAUGUCAUGCCAAUUAUGAAGCCAUACAAAGAAAAUAAUAUCUAUCCCCAUUCUUAGAAAGGAUGUAUUUAUGUAGACACAUGUUAAUGGUAUAGGCUGCUGCAGUUGCCACCUCUACAUUGGACCAAUUGCAAACAAGUACAUUCUUUAUCUAUAUUAAUAUUUAUAUAUAUUCUUGUGAAAGAUUGUAUACACUUGAGUUGAACUUGUUUUCUAAUAUAUGAGAAAUUAAAUAUUUUUAUCAGACAUUAAACAGAUGUCACAACUAGAAUAUUUUAGUGAAUUUCAGUGUAUGUAUUUAAGAUUAAAGAAUAUAUGAAUAGGCCUAUUUACAUGAUCAUACACCUAUAGGGAUCACAGGCAUAUUGAUUCACUUUUUGAAACAAAUGUAUCCGUGGCUUUUACCAUCCCCCAUGGUCCUUGUUAAUUAAUUUGCUUUAUGUUUUCAUUUUCUUUUGGUAGGUUUUAUUUGUAUUCUGUGUAAAACAUACAAAAUGUUGACAAUUCAUAUGUGAUCAAAUGAAAAGUAACAGUCAUACAUAUACAGUAGAGGUGUCACUCAGUGAAUUGGAAGAUAUAUCUGUGCCUUGACAAACUUUAUAUUUAUAUGGAAACUACUUUUGCUCCGGUGGUGCCUGUUGCAUAACAGUGUCACAGUUUUCAGUGGUUGUUGUCCUAUCUCAAUGUUAUAUAUAGCAAGUCACCAGACCUGUGGCCUAAUUAUGGCAACUCAAUAAGUGUACUGUGAUGUGCAAUUAUGUUUGUGCAUUUAGUGUUAUUUGUACAACCAAAUUCAUAGCAUUUGUUGUUCGAAGAUGUCUGUGUCGUUGACAUUUUUAUCUCAACCUGCCAUGCAGUUUGAUUCCAUACAAUAUUAAAUCUGUUACUGUUUAAGAAUGUUUUCUACUUGGGCUUUCUCUUCAUUCUUUGUAAAAAAAGGAUUACUCUGACUAAUAUAAAUCUGGUAAUUGCUCUAGCUCUAUUUUAAAAUAAAUUAUAAUUUUGUAGAAGGCCUCUAACCAUUUACGAUGCCAGUAAACUCACAGCCAUUUGAAUGAAAUGAUUUAUAUAAAUCAAUGAAAUGGGGGAAACAAAUUUGUCACUUUUUGUGUAUUAACGUUUUAUCUGAAAAUUCAAAUAGUAAAUGCAUUGCCCUACAAUACAUGUUCUGAACCAUAGAUUGAACCAUAGAUCUCUGUUUCUGUUUUGGCAUAAUGCACUGUAUCUGUUAUUGAGUACAGAUUGCAUACAUGUUUUAGCUACCGUUUGAACAACUCCUUAAUCAAUCAAAUCUAUUAAACAAAGAAAUACAAAUAAAUAUUUUUGCUUUAGGGGCAUUUGUAUACUUUUGGCAGUUAUAUUUCUGUAAACUUGCUGCUAUCUAUCAAUAAAAUAGAUCCUGUAAAA